ACAUCAAAGAACUUCUACCAGGAAAACGCAUUUUUCUUUGAAAUUAUUUAUGUAAUCAAUAUGUUUAUUAUGUGCUAUUGUGGACAGAGAUUAGAAUAUAAGAUGAAAACGGUAGGAGAUUUCUUGUAUUCAACUCAUUGGUACAAUUUGAACCCAAAAUUACAGAGCUUAAUUCCUCUGGUUAUACUAAACUCUCAGAAAACUAUUCGGAUGGAUGCUGUGCCAAUUGGUUACCUCAAUUAUGAACUAUUUGUUACACUUCUCAAAACAACAUUCUCAUACUUCAGCGUGUUGACUCAGCUUACUUAAAGUUGAUUGAAGUUGAAGUAUUAUUAAUAGGCGACUUAUUUUGGACGACGAUUAUAAUUGGUAAUUGUUACUUCGUUCUAAUAUAUAUAAUACUGCACUAAUUCUAGAAAUAGUAUUUUUAUGAACACUAUAUCUAUAAGUAGUAAAAAUUACUAAAUAAUUGCCUGAAGCCGACAGACUGCGUAAACUUAUAUAUAACAUAUAUAAAAUUGCUGCUAACUGCAUGAAAAUCCCAACCCGAUCAGAAUCGCUAGAAGAGUACGAAAGGGUGAUACUAUGUCACCCAAACUGUUUACCCCUGUUCUGGACUACGUCUUCGGGAUGCUCGAAUGCAGAGGAAAGGGUUUAAAUAUAUGUAGAUGGUCUGAACCUAGCAAAUCUGCGUUUCGCGGAUGAUGUAGUUUUGCUUUUCGACAACCUACAAGAUAUCAGGAAAAUGCUAGAAAACCUUAGAAAAGAAAACCAGAAGGUGCGAGGGCGUCCGAUAAGCCUUUUCGCCCAACAACGCCGCUAUCACAAGAAAAAAUUACUAUCGUGCAGUUCGGAAUCGUAGUUUUGUUUUGACCACGUGUGGAAAAAUGGAAAAAGAGCAAUAUCGUCAUUGACUCGAUUCUUGUUUGAUAUGUAAGUAGUAAAAAUUACUAAAUAAUUGCCUGAAGCCGACAGACGAUCCAUUUUCUGUCGGUGUUUUGACGAAACUGCAAAGGAAUUUGCCGCGGAUCAGGCUCGGCUCGUUAGGUCUGGACGAACCACUAGACAUACUGUCGUGCGGGGAAACCCCAGUAUUACAUUCUGCUAAUGAAAACUAAUUAAAAAAAGACGUGCACAGCGGGAGCGCGCGUAUCGUACAGUAAAUAAGCCUGCACAGUGGGAGUCAGAGAAUCAGUCCCGUUUUUUCUCCAAGUUCAAGUUACAUUCUUUAUGAUCAGGUUGUGUUUCUGGAGGGCGCUUCGGUUUACUUUAAGUGAACAGAACCCGGCUGCUUGUAACUUUUAAUUACCGGCAAAAGUGAAUUAGAUUUUCGCCGUUUUGUGUGCGGAUAUUUGCCUUGUCUAACCAAACAACGGUUUGCUACAGAAAAACUAUAUUUAACGAGUGCCAAGUGGUUUCCAAAAUUAAAGGUAAGUCUUAUUUGACGAACCGAAUUGGCAUUUCGCGAUUAUUUGGGAACAAUUAGUGAUUGUUUGGUAUUGGUGGUUUGAUUGUGAAUUGUACACUAUUUUAUCCCCGUUUUUCUUCCAUCCUUUGCCUUUUAAGGAUCUAAGAUCUUACGAUCUUCCUUAGACAGUUCAUUGAUCGCCUUUUAUUUAACUUCGAUUUUUUAUUUUAAUAUUUCAAUUAAAAUUCAACUUUGCUGGUGGAGCUGGUGUUGUGUCCGAACUAGGGCUCGGAAUCAAACUCGAAUAAUUCGAGUAUUUGAAUAUUCAAAAAGCGAAUAAUUAUGUAUAGUCAUAACUCGAAUAUUCGACACAAUUAUACACCAACAUUAUCAAACUCACAAGGUGCAAAUAUUUUUAUAUGCACUUUGUAUACUUUUAUAAAAUAAAUGAUUCAUAUUCUUCAAGCAUUUAAACAAAUACCCAUAUAUUUACAAGCAAAUGAAAAUAAUCAUAUUUACUCUCCUGCAAAUGAAUAUAAAAAAGUUGCGAACAUUUCUUUAGAAUUAAGUUUUGUUAAAUUUCUUUCUCAUAAAGCCAGUUGGCCUUUUCAAUUUGUAUUUUGUUACAGCCCGUUGGCUAUUUUUGGUAAAACUUUUUGGAUUUCGCAUGAUUUCCGGUUUUCAAUGCCCUACAGUCCUUUCUCAACCGUCCGCUUUGUUUACCUAUGAUGAUAGCAAACGCCCAUAGAGGUACAAGGCUCUGAGGUGACAAAGCUAUUAUUUUCUGGAAACCGAGUUGAAAACAAAGUCACUUGAAGAACUACGGAAGAGCAACGGCCAUAGGAAGUCCUAAUUUUGUCCAAACCUUCUUUUCAGCAGUGUUUCUCCUGAAGUGAAGGAUGACCGUAGUGCGGCCGAAUGAAACAUCGUAAAGGGGUGGCCCUGAAAAUCCCCCUAGCACAAAAGUGUUUACAUGUAAGACUUUCAUAAAAAAGCAAGAAUGAAAUGUCCGCGGUCAUCGGACACCCCAUUUACGGGGCAUUAAGUAAAUGUCGCAACGACCGGAAACGCCUCUGGUGGUGACCAGCUCCACAGGACAAAAACAUUAUCAAACAAGGAUCUUCUACAGAUUCCAGCCGAACCUUGUUGGAAAUAACGAACUGUGUGGGCUAUUCUACGGUUUUAUUGGCAAUGUCGUCACCCUUCAGAGAUGUUCGUGGUUUCCGAUGUGAGUGCCGCGUCCAGACCUAACGAGCCAAGCACAAGCCGAGCCGGCGCAGCGUCAAAAUUCCUUUGAUGUUUCGUCAAAACACCGACAGACGAUCCGCUUUAUGUCGGUGUUUGCGAGUUUUUCUAAGCAGAUACCCGACCUGGAAUAUAUACGUUGUAACACUCCCCAUAGGCACGAUCUCUUGCACUUUAAUGUUGCCCUGUCUCAACUUAUUAGGAACCGAUUACA